AAUGUUACCGUGCCAUUUACAGCGAGGUCGGAUUUACAUAGGUCUGAUUUAUAUAUCAAUCACGGACGGUCAGGUUGACUUUGAUCUAACAGGAUGAUUUCCUGACACAAACCGACACAUACUGAUAUGUGUGUUAGUUUUUAUAUCUAUUCAUGCCGGGCGUGAGUGUGGAGAAGCGUAACAACACGGAUCGCUUGUUUCCGUCUGAAAGUGCCGAGACACCCGGAAGGGUGGUACCUGUCCUGUUUGUUAGUUCUGCAAACAACGCGCUCCACAAUGUGUUUCAUUCCAUGAGUCGCCGCUUCAUGGUGCAUUUCAUGCAUUUUCCAACAGUGUGAAAUCUCUGGUAUUAUUUCCCAAAGUCAUGGGGGUUUAUUCGGAGGUCUUUUGACGACUGAGACCCACACACCUGCAUGUCAGCAACACGUAAUCGCCGAUGGUCUCCAGCUGCUGUGAAGAAGUUUCGGAUCGAGUAGUCCGCUGAACUCGGAGCGCGAGGACCUCCCUGGUGUUGUUGUGAAGAUAAGGAGACACCCGGGAAAGGAGCACCAGUCCUUAGACAUCGCUCUCCACACUGGCAACCAUCCAGCUCUAGCAUACCUGUCAGCUCUACUCGUGCCCCCCCCCCACCCCCCCCCCCCCCUUCCCCGAGCCUGGCAGCUGCCAUCCCCCCAGUCCUCCACCAUGAGCAUCCAGCCGCGGCGGAUCCGGCUGAAGCCCUGGCUGUUGGCCCAGGUGAACGGAGGGCGCUACCCGGGCCUGAACUGGCUCAACCAGGAGCGGCUGUUCCAGAUACCCUGGAGGCACGCCACACGCCACCUGCCCAUGUCGGAGGAGGAGAACACCAUCUUCAAGGCCUGGGCCUUGGAGACAGGCAAAUAUCAGGAGGGAGUGGAUGAGCCCGACCCGGCCAAGUGGAAGGCUAACCUGCGCUGCGCCCUCAACAAGAGCCGCGAGUUCAAACUGAUGUACGACGGGACCAAGGAGAACCCUGUGAAGCCCUACAAAAUCUACGAGGUGUGCGACCAGCCCGGGAACGGAGAUGCUGUGGAUGAAGACGACGAGGAGAUGCCGAAUCUUGACGAUCUCACUAUCGACCCCAGGCCCAGCGACGUGGGCGCCUUCCUCAACUACCACAGGGGUGAGGUGGAGAUGGUCCACUUCACCCCUGCUCUAGGCGGCCCCUUCGGUUCCCCCCGGGUCAUCCCCAUGCCUCAGGUGGACGUCGUGCACGCCGUGCACGCCGGGCCCCUCGGGGGCCUGCCCAACGGGCUGGGGGGGCUGGUGGCCCCCGUGCACGUGGAGAUGCCCCCGAUGCCGCCCCCUGCUGUGGCCGCCGCGGCUCCCCUCCCAGGGCCCCUGGGGAUGGACGCCGGGGCCGUACCCAUGGACACUUGCUCCAUGCCGGGCAUGCAGACACAGAGAGAGGCCCAAGCCCAAGCCCAGGCCCAGGCUCAAGCCCAAGGCCAGGCCCAAGCCCAAGCCCAAGCCCAAGCCCAAGCCCAAGCCCAAGCCCAGGCCCAAGCCCAGGCCCAAGCCCAGGCCCAAGCCCAAGCCCAGGCCCAAGCCCAAGCCCAAGAACAGGCCCAGCACUGCAAGUUUGACUUGCUGAGCAGCCUCCCAUUGACCGACCUGGACCUGAAGUUCGAGUACCGCGGACGAACCGCCCGCUCCCAGACGGUCAGCAACCCCCAAGGCUGCCGGCUGUACUACGGCCACCUGGAGCCCACGCCGGGCCAGGUGGACCUGUUCGGCCCCGUCUCCCUGCAGCAGGUGCUGUUCCCCGGCGCGGCCGACCUGCAGAACCAGAAGCAGAGGUUCUACACGGAGGCCCUGCUGGACGUCAUGGACCGCGGGCUGAUCCUGGAGAUCUGGGAGCAGGACAUCUACGCCGUGCGCCUCUGCCAGUGCAAGGUGUACUGGUCGGGGCCCGGUGUGUCGGAGCACGGGCCGCCCAACCCCAUGGAGCGGGAGAAGAAGAUCAAGGUGUUCAGCCUCAACCAGUUCUUGGAAGGGCUGAUCAUGUUCCACAAGGGGGAUUCCCCGAACCCUCCCCCUUUCGAGGUCUACUUCUGCUUUGGUGAAGACUGGCCGGAUAGGAAACCGAAGGAGAAGAAGCUCAUUAUUGUUCAGGUGGUCCCCGUGGUGGCCAGGAUCCUGACGGAGAUGUUCUCCGGGGAGCUCAGCUGGUCCACGGACAGCAUCCGCUUGCAGAUCUCCAAUCCUGACGUCAAGGACCAGACGGUGGAGCAGUUCAAAGAGCUCCAGCGACUCCUCCAGAGCCAGCAUGCUCAGGGCCCUUGGGGGCCGCAUGUCCCUUGAGGAAAAAAGUAAUGACAUAGACCAGCAACCGUCCAAAAAAAGAACUACACUUCUUUGGAACUCUACAAGAGGAACUUAAAGUGUGCGUCCUCUGCUGGCCCCCAGAGACUAUAUUUGCGUGUUGGUCACAUUGACCACGUCCUCAGUCUUUUUAUAAAGGCCUUGAUCCGACACGUCUGACUCAUACAAUAUAUUGUGCGUCGAGUUGUUUCAAUGGCCUACAUGCAAAGUCUGAUGGUUCAAUGCCAGCACAUUUUUUGGUGUAAAGUAUUUAAAAAAUUGCCGUCACAGUAUUGUACCAUAUGGGGUUAGCGGAUGCCUCUUUGUUUGUGUGUAGUUGCCAUAAAAAUUAUUCGACUUGAAAAACUUCAGUCAUUCUGUGGAAAUAAAACUGGCUUUAGUAUGAACGAUUCAUUCAGUAAAAACUGUACUAAAUGCGCUAAAUAAAAAUGCAGGUUUUCCUUUAUACAUUAAGCAGUUCAUGUCCUGCUCUGUUGACCUAUUAACAUGGCCAUGAACACAAGCACAUUCCAGAGCGGUGAUGUAACGGUGGCUGCUGCUGCAAGUGGAUACGAGGCUUUUUGUUGAGCUCCUCAGCCUAAUCUAGCCACCAGCUACGAGGAUCGGAUGACAGCAAUUAACCACCAGGACGUGUCACGUCUGCCCCCGUUGUUUGGCAAACAGGAACCGGUUUUUCCAGACCAUGCGGCUAACGGCACCAGCGGUUAAAAAUAACAAGAUAUCCGAUUAGCCUGUAGCAGGAUGACAUCCCCCAGUGAUUUAAUCAAAGUUUGGAUAUGAUAAGUGUGCAGCAGGAAAACGCCAUGGGUGAAAUUAUGCCAACAGCUCUGGACUAGCUCACAUAAAACAGUAGCAAUCUGUAAACGCUCAAAAAAAAUAAGGCAUCAAUGUUUUUAUGUACAUGUAUCGGACAUUAAGCCUUUUAUUGUCUUAGAGUGCAAGUGUCAAGUUACCAAGUUGGCAUAAGUGGUAUUAACAAAACUAGUUAGGGGAAAUGAUGCCAUGUUAUGCUGGUGGGACUGGUGUUAAAGUUUGUACGGGACAGAGGUGGAGGUCUCGAUAGAACCAACUUGGACAUGGAUUAUACAGAAUUCAGAUUCGCAAUAACGGUGACAAUCAGAUUUUCUCCUCCAUCCUUUUUAAUUGUUUACAACAAGGCUACAUCAUUCGAUGUUGUGGUGUCCGUUCCUCCCAUGGUUUGGACGAUACCAACUGGAAGAACAGGUACACUCGCACGCACACUGUCAAACGCACACUCAAACACACACACACGCACUCAAUCACUCUCACACACAAUCAGCCACUCACACACAUGACAAGAAAAAGAGGUUUUUUCUUUUGCCGACCGAGUUCAAACGAUAUUUGUCUCAGCGUUUGAUCCCCUGGCAAGGGAUAACUAAAAUUCCAGCCAACCAUGUUAAAAAAAAAAAAAAGAAAAGUCAAAGGUGACGCCAAAUUUUCAGCAUUUCCCCCCCGGAUUCUACCAUCUAAAUGCCGCCACAGGCACCGGCCACCAUUCGUUGAAGAGCAAGCGUGGGAUUGCGGUUGCACUCUUCCGAUAUGGCACACACACGCGCUCGCGCACACACAACGACCACAUUAAAUGUUCUAAAGACAUGUUCCAUGAAAAUAAAGCUCUCUUUUUCUUAAAAACUCAAAAAACGUCUUUUUGAUGCAUUUCCAUGUUUUGAAACCAGGCACAUCCUUUGUUGUUGUUGUGGGUUGAGGUUGGGCUCUCUUUAUCGGCAUCUCCAUCUCCUCGGCACGCGUCCGCUCUCCUUCCGCUUAAAGUUGAACUCUUCUGGGACAAGUCUUAAUGGGGACCCCCCCCAGCAGAUGG